GAUUGUGCGCAUUGAACAUUGCAGUGUUAAGUGUCAAAAGAAAUCAGAAAAUGUAGUGAUUUUAAUUGAACAACAGGGUACACAAAUCAAUUUAAUAAUACCCAUAAUUCUACAUUAUCUUGUCAGCGGAAGCCCGUAUAGAUCUAUUUACGGAUCGAGCUUUAUGUCCAAACAAAGGCAUUAAAGAUUCAUCUGAUAUUUGUUUACUUGCGUAAUUAUAAUAGAAGCUAUAGCAAUGGAAGCUAUAAGCUCAUCGCCAGAAGAGCACACAGCUUCUGAAGGGGAGGAAUCCAGAAAAAUGACCAGAGAAUCACCAGGAAAUCACAAUAAUCAAGGUUUUCCUCAGGCGACCUCUUCCGCGAACAUUUCACAGUUGGAAGAAAAAAUGCGUCGUAAGCUGCAGUUUUUCUUUAUGAACCCGAUCGAGAAGUGGCACGCCAAGCGGAAGUUUCCAUACAAGUUCGUCGUGCAGCUCAUCAAGAUAGUACUGGUGACGUUGCAGCUGUGUUUGUUUGCUCACAACAGAUACAAUCACGUCAACUAUACUGAAGAUAACAGGGUGAGCUUCUCACAUUUAUUUCUUCUUGGCUGGGACUCUACGCGCGAGAUCAACGCGUAUCCGCCGGGCGCAGGCCCACUGGCUGUCUACAAAUUGGAUGAAUUCUAUAAUGCACUAGAUUAUGCUUACGCUGGAUACUAUAAUCUUUCCAAUGCCAUUGGACCAUACUCUUACAAUGAUGAAAAUAAUAGUCCACCCCCUCCAGUGUUCUGCCAGUUCAACUACAAAAGAGGUAUUAUAAACGGCUUCAAUGAAAGUUAUGAAUUUAAUGCAGAAAUAGUAUCCUCAUGUGUUAAUUUCACUAAAACUGAAGGGUAUUUUAGUUCUCAGAGGUUCAUAAAAGAAACAAACUUGGAAGUUGAUUUUGCAUCUUUAGUAAGAGCUGAACUAAUGUUUUCUAUUAAAACUAUAAACUUCAGAGCUGCAGGACCCAUCACUCCACCGGACUGCUUCCGAUUUGAUGUUGCUAUUGUUUUUGACAACGAAGACCAUGACGGUCAAAUGUCUUUGAGCUUGGAAGCCGAACCAUAUAAACUAGCUUGUAAAGGAGACAAAGAAUAUGUGACAGACAACAAAAUUGAUCAGAUAUUACGAAGCAUCCUCAACAUCCUAGUUAUUUUGAUUUGUUCUACGUCACUAAUGUUGUGCAGUCGGGCAAUUUACCGAGCUCAACUUUUAAAAGAGCUCACAGUCCAAUUCUUCCGACAGGCCUACAAUAAGGAACUAAGUCUGGACGGAAGACUAGAAUUCCUAAAUAUUUGGUACAUCAUGAUCAUUGUCAAUGACAUCCUCAUUAUCAUGGGGUCAGCCAUCAAGGAGCAAAUAGAGCGCAACCAGUUCACCAAUGACCAAUGGAAUGUCUGCUCAUUAUUUUUAGGAACCGGAAACCUGUUGGUUUGGUUCGGAGUACUGAGAUACUUAGGCUUUUUCAAGACCUACAAUGUUGUCAUCCUAACAUUAAAGAAAGCCGCUCCUAAGAUAUUCAGAUUCUCAAUAUGUGCACUCCUCCUUUAUGCAGGUUUUACUUUCUGUGGGUGGUUAAUACUAGGUCCGUAUCACAUGAAGUUCCGAUCACUUGCCACAACCUCUGAAUGUCUUUUCUCUUUAAUAAACGGAGAUGAUAUGUUUGCUACCUUUUCAGUCAUGUCCAAGAAGUCCCACUUACUUUGGUGGUUCAGCCGUAUAUACCUGUACUCAUUCAUCAGCUUGUACAUUUAUGUUGUUCUGAGUUUGUUUAUUUCAGUUAUUAUGGAUGCAUAUGAUACGAUUAAACAGUACUAUAAAGAGGGUUUUCCUAAGAGUGACUUGCAUACAUUCAUGGGCGCUCCGCGGUGCGAUGACGUGUCGUCGGGGCUGUACCGCACUCAGAGUUCGUCUUCCCUAAAUGCCACUAUGAAUUCAUUGUUUUGUUGUAACUUCUACAGAAGUGCAUACUGUAAGAUAGAAGGGGGCGGAUCCAGUUUAAACCUGUUGUAGAUUAAAUUAAUUAAACCUUGUUGUUAUUAACGAAUGUACAUAGUUAUAUUAUCAAAGAAUAGUAUUAAUUUUGUAAAGA